UUCCAACUGAAACCUAUAUGAAAGAUGUUUUAUGAUUCACCUUCAUGUACAUGCUUAUGCUUAUCUCGUCAUUUAUUUGCAGUAUCUGUGGUAACAUUUACAUACCAGAACAGUUUCGCACUCUCAAUUCAUUAGUUUUGUCAUUUGCAUCCGUGAUGUUGGUUUCACCGGAGGGAGGCGUCCAUUUCAAUUCUGUCACACAGGUGAGACGCAUAAAACAGGUCAGAACCACCUCUUCUCAGUUUUGUCAUCUACGUUGAGGCACUGCAGUAAAGAAAAUGGUUUCCCAACUCGAGAGUGCAAUGGAGGGGCUAAUUCGAGUUUUCCACUCGUACUCCUCCAAAGAAGGGGACAAGUACAAACUGAGCAAAGUCGAGCUGAAGAAUCUGUUGCAAGGUGAACUGAGUGACUUCCUGGCGGCAAGUAAGGACCCUAUGGUAGUGGAGAAAAUCAUGAACGAUCUGGAUGAGAACAGAGAUGGUGAGGUGGACUUCCAGGAGUUUGUUAUCCUGGUUGCUGCUCUGACAGUGGCCUGUAACGAGUUCUUUGUUGAAGCACUGAAAGAAUGAGUGACACGUCUGGGACUUGACCUUCCUGUUUGUCAUUCACUGUCAAGAAAACAAACAGCCUUUAAUUUAAAUUGUGUAACUCAUGACUAUCAUUUUGCUACUUGUUGACUGAAGGAUGCUUCAUUAUAUAGGCAUGUAAUGGUUGUAAAAUGAUUGCAUUUAAUCCUGUGAGGGUGUGGAGAUCUCAGUGUAGAAACUUGUUUAUUUGGCUCUGGUCAGAUCAAUAAAGAUGACAUGUGAUUUUCAUCCUU